AUGCUUCAAUCAAAAUUCGGUGAUUUGAUUCAAGAUGGUAUAAGUGAGGGACAACGUUUUGCGUUGAGCAGUGAUCUAUGGCGUUAUGCUUCCACUAACACCAAUUCGGAUAUUCUGAUAACGCUUAAGCCGAACAGCACAGAUGAAGAUUCAACCGAACUUGUGAUGACAUUGGUCGAUUUGAUGAAGGAGUAUGAACCUCAUUUGUGCAUCGAAGUGAGGCAUCAUCAACUGACCAAUUGUUAUGCACUCUACAUUACUGCUGACUAUGUGAGCCUUUUGAAAGGUGCUGAAUUGUGUCACAUCAAGAAAGCGGUUAAAGCGAAAUUUGGUGGAGGAAUGCGUGAUUUUUGUUUCGAUGAAGCUCAGUGCUACUCGAAUGUCGAGAACAAGAACACGUUUCUGUCCGGAAUGGAGCGUGCAAUGAUCGUGAAGCAAAUGAUUGACCUGAUGAGAGCACCACAACGAGGCCUGCACCUCAAAAUCGACAGCGACCAAUUCGUCACCAUUUCAGAGGGAAGAUCUAUAGUGCCAGUACUUUUGUCUCGUGGUUUGAUUGAUAAAAUCCUUCCGUUACAUCAGCAAGACGCUAUAAAGAAGCUUCAACAAAGCUGGGUGCUGACACUCUUCCGAGGACAGCCUCUGUCACUUAUCAACGAUUAUUUCGGUACUGAAAUCGCCAUGUACUUUGCAUGGCUUGAUUUCAUGACCACUGCACUAUGCUUUCCAGCUAUUGCUGGUAUUCUAAUCUCCUUAUUCGGUGGAUUCCAAUACGGAUCAAUUGAAGGCGCUAAUAAGGAAGGUGAUGCAGCGUAUGGGCAAAUCAUUCUCGAUGUUUGCUUUGUUGGUUUUGCACUGUUCAACUGCUUCUGGUCAACCACAUAUCUGGAAAUGUGGAAACGGAAACAAGCAGAGCUAUCAUUCAAAUGGGGUACUUAUGACGCUGCAUCAGAUCCUCUUCUUGAUGAUCCCAGACCUGCAUUCAAAGGUGAACGGUUAGUUCGAAAUCCGGUUUGUGGUCGCCUGGAGCCAUACUAUCCUGCGUGGAAACAUAAGUUGAUCCGAUAUGGUGUAACAUACCCAAUUACAAUCGCUUGUAUGAUUGCGAUGUUUGCAGCAAUGUUAUUCACGUUUGAAAUGCAGCAGUUGGCUAUGAUGUAUUUCGAGCGCUCAGCGUUAUUUUGGUGGAUUCCUUCGAUUCCGAUGAUACUUUAUGCGGUGCUGAUAAUCAUUGGCGAUAAUCUGUUUCGAGUUAUUGCGCUUUACCUGAACGAUCUCGAAAAUUAUCGCACUGACGAUGAAUAUGAAGAUUUUUUGAUCACCAAGAUUGCUCUCUAUCAAUGCGCUACGGCUUUCGGUUCCUUAUUCUAUAUCGCUUUCUACUUGCAAGAUAUGAAAAAACUUCAGGAGACACUGGCCACAUUGCUGAUAACACGUCAGUUGGUACAGAAUGUCAACGAAACGAUUGUGCCAUUUGUGAUGGAGAAAGUGAAACUGAGUCGACUUACAUACAAAAUGACAAAAAGUUUGAGCAAUCGCUCGUUACGUAAAUGUUGUGCGCAGGUUCGGAGGAGAAAACUUACACCUUAUGCGGCUGAUGAUACGGACGUUGCGGAAGAGAGUAAUGUGCCAUCGUCACCGAAUGGCAACGAUCUUGAGAAAGUGCCGAAAUCACCGCGAUUGCCGCUUCCCGAAUUCAAAUUGUCACCUCCAGAUGUGACAAAAUUGACGCAAGCAGAACUGGAAAGUUUAAUGGAAUCUUAUGUGAGACCUCUUGACGACUACCUUGAGAUGUUUAUUCAGAUUGCUCAUUUGAUAAUUAUCUUCGAAAAUCUCGAUCAAACUGUCCAUAAAGAUUUCGAAAUAUGCAAAAAACAUCGAAUAGCGCCUAAUAGAGCUGUGUCAUCGGAUGUUGAUGCGUAUGUUCAGUUUGGUUACGUGCUGCUGUUCUCGCCAGCUUUUCCGUUGGCAGCGUUGUGCGCACUCGUGAACAAUCUGAUCGAGCUUCGGCUCGAUGCCUUCAAAUUAUGCAACACUGUACAACGUCCUUUUGGAAGGAGGGUCAGAGGUAUUGGUGCAUGGCAGAAAGCAAUGGAGGUGUUCUCUCAUGUUCAAUCGUUUCUCAUUUACGUUUUCACUGAAUACAUUUCGUCUGCUUUUAUCUCUUCUCAAGACCUCGCUUCAAAAGAGGUUAUGGGUGUUGCCGGUGUUGUCGUCAAUUGUGCUCUGAUAGCCCAUUCUGGACUUGUUCAACGGAUAUGGCCUAAAUUAUCGUACGCAAAUCAGGUUCUUAUUUGUGUUCUACUCGAGCAUUUGGUACUGGCAACCAAGUACUUCAUCGAUAUCAUCAUCCCAGAUAUUCCGCAUUGGAUACGUGUUGAAACCGCAAAGGUUGAACAUUUCCGCCGUGAAGCAUUCAAGGUUUCGAUCAUUCAAUGA